AGAUGGAGUUUGCUUUCUGGCUAGUUCGAUACUUCGCCUCAGGAUUGCUGUUCCUGUUAGGCCUCAAAGCUCCAGGCUUGCCACGCCGACCGUACAUGCUUCUGAUCAAUGAAGACGAGCGAGAUGUGGAGCAUGGUGUACCACUCUUGGGUAAUUCUGAUGAGAAUCAGUCUACUUGGAAAGAUUUUGGGAAGAAGGUGCAUCUGUUGGUGCCGUACAUGUGGCCUAAAGGCAGCGCCCUGCUCCAGCUGCUGGUUCUGCUUUGUCUCGGGAUGCUGGGAGUGGAGCGCGCCAUCAAUGUGUUUGUACCCAUCUACUUCAAGAACAUAGUUUUAAAGCAGUUGCUAACGAGCUCCAGGUGUGCUGGCCAUUAUGCUCAGGUGUUUGCAGUCGGUGAUUAG